AUGGCAGCAAUGUCGGGCCCGAGUGCCACUAGUGAUCACCCACAACAACCUCUCGGAAACCCACAAGCGUCCCUUCUUCGAGCCCUGUUGCAAGUGUCCCGUGGCAUUGAACCGGAUGGAACUUUUAGUGACGGUCUCUUCCCGACCGAACCUCCCGCCUCCAUGCGUAAAGUGUGGGUAAAACGCCGCGGGGCAUCAGCUACACUCAUCGCUGUUUCCACCGAUGCUCUGGUAGACGACGUACGCGACUUGAUACUGAGAAAAUAUGCCAACUCUCUCGGGCGUCACUUCGACGCUCCCGACCUUACCCUGCACAUUACUUCACGGGACAAGCGACAAGCGCGCCAGCUUGGCCCGGAGGAGGUCCUCGUCAAUACGCUUGACCAUUAUUAUCCAGGCGGCCAAGCCGUUGACGAGGCCCUUGUCGUUGAUAUUCCUCAACAGAGGACUCCUCGGCCCUCACCUCGACCCGCAGCUCCUUACGCUUCCGGUAUAUCCCACUUUGCCGCGGAUAGCGGGCGACCAUCUGAAGCGGGAGAAGGCUAUUUUCCGCCUGUUGUCGCGACCGCCUCCUCUCUUGCUCCACCCAUUGGGGGCGGCAAUGACCAAGCCGCUCACAGCGUCCCUACAAUUGGCUCCGGCCAAGCGCCGUCGCUACCGUCCCCGGGCAGCGGCCGUCCUCGCGCCUUUAGAGACCGUUCAGAACGUCCUCGUUUGGGGAGGUCGCACACUUCCUCCCCUACCAUCCAAGGGAAUUCCGGGGUCAAAUCCGUCGCGAUGGGCACAGACCAAUCUACUGUGAUAUCGACUGUCAGCCCUCAUCCGUCGACGUCCGUUCCAUCCGACCCCGCGCCCACCGCUCAGGUUUCCACGCCACCUGCAAGGGCGAACUCGCCGCGCCCCAUCAAAAAGAAAAUUAAGAAAGUGAUAGAAAAACAGAAACUUCCCGUUCCGCCUAUCAAUGUGCUCCUAGUGGAAGAUAAUCCUAUCAACCUUAAGCUCCUCGAAGCCUUCGCCAAGGGCUUGAAGGUGAGAUGGCAGAGCGCUAUGAACGGACGGGAUGCUGUCACCAAAUGGCGGAGUGGCGGUUUUCAUCUUGUCCUGAUGGAUAUUCAGCUUCCCGUCAUGAAUGGCCUAGAAGCCACGCGCGAAAUUCGGCGUCUGGAGCGCGUGAAUUCUAUUGGCGUAUUUUCCUCGCCGGUCGGGAAAGAGCCUGGUGAGGAGGGCGGCAUCGUAGAAGAUGAUCGCCUUGCGAACAUAGAGAUGUUCAAGAGCCCUGUCAUCAUUGUUGCUUUGACAGCUAGCUCGUUGCAGAGCGACAGGCAUGAGGCACUGGCAGCCGGAUGUAAUGAUUUUAUUACCAAGGUCGGCGUGGUUGAGCUCCUCCGAUUGUAG